CGGGCUGCAUUUGGAGCCGCGCUGUUCAACCAGCGCCGGUACGUUGUUGAUGAAAUCGUCAUUGGUGACUUUGGUGGUGAGUGCAGUAAAGCUGCUGCUGCUGAUGGUGCUGUUUGCCAGUGCAACCAGGGCGGCCGCACGGUCGGUAUCAAAGUAUCUGUUCUUGGCACGUUCAACAUGGAAAUAAAUGAUUUUGUCGCUUAUAAGUACCCUCGUGGCGAAUGCUACUUUGACGUGGAAACGCUGAGCACACCUGCGAAUGCCAUUAUGAUAGAUUACGUGGAUGUCACAUUUAUAAGUUCGAUCUUUUUGCGAUUUCUGCGUGGUAUGAAUGCAGCAGUAGUGUCCGAUGGUUCUUCCAGACACGAAUACUCAUUGAUGUACAUAGAUACUACAACUUCGGGUGCCGUGAAGGCGCUGGAAAUUGAGCAAGAAAUGUACAUCACUGAUAUUUUCACGGGCUUCGCCCUCGAAGAAAUUUUGGUGGUGCCGAACCUCAUAUUCAUCGACCCCGUAUUCCUAUUACCGCGGCUGACGAAGUUUCAGCGGAACGUCAUCUUCCUCUCCCCGACCAUUCAGCAGCAGAUGUUCGUGUUGGCGCAGUACCUCAGCAGCAUUGGCGACCCCAACGCCCACG